ACAAUAACCAGAGUCUAACUUCCGACACAAGGUCCUUUUCUGUAUUCAUCUUGGCAACUCAACUAAAUCCCAGAUGCAUAGCACCUUGAUUACUCUUUUCGCCGCAGCGCUCUGGCUUGUCCCUGGCGCCCAGGCCUUUACCAAUCCUUGUAUCUACCAGAGUUACAAGUGUGGCUUUAAUCUAAUCAAUCACUAUGGUUACAACCUUACUGAGCUCGCCGCCGGUGCCGCCCUCACGCCAUCUAUUCCCCCCCUCCCCGACGUUUUGCUUCUCCAGGUCACCUUCCGUUGCAUCAAUAUUAGCGGAGGAAUAGUCGGCAACGCAUACUGCUUUGCAGGCUGCAUCGAUAUGAACGGUACUCUGGUUAACGACCAGUGCGUCAUGUAAGCUGUCGAACCUUUCUUAAGUUCUAGUACCGACGACAUCUUUCAUCAAGAUGUCAUGGUCCUGAGAUAGAGACUAUUCGGUGGUGCAGAGUUUCUAAGAUUAUUUAGGCAAAGUUGAAUCUAGAAUGCGAUUCUAACUAAUGUAACUUAUGCCACUUUCUACUUUGCCUUGAAUUUGUUCUGUAUGUUAUUAUCUAUGGACGGAAUGUAUUUGGUUGAGGUUAGGUACUUGCAAGUCCCCUCCUUUUUUUCAGUAAGAUAUGAUAGCUCCAGCCAAAAUGAAACUCCCGUGU